AUGAAAAUCGACCGGAAAAAGAUUGCCAAUAGAUGUGGUUAUGACCAAAACGAAUGCUUUCUCCUAGCCAAACGUUUGGCUGGGUGCUCAGAUGAAGAUUUCUUAAAGGAACUAAGAAAGAUUAAGGUCUGGAACUAUGGCAAGUGUGAACUUGGCCUCUGGGCUGAUAUACUUGAUCGUCUUGACGCAAUCCUCGAAGAUGUGACCACAAAAGUUGGCACGUGGACCCUUAAAGUUGACGCCCCUGGUAACGAACAUCUUGUAAAAGAUGUUGUCACCGUCCUUGAGUUCACUAGUCACCUCAUUGAGCACAGUAUCUAUCGUUGUCUUUAUGGCUCAUGGAGUCACAUUCUCGCUCUAUUUGCCACCUCAAACAUGGACAUACUAUUAGCCGUUCUUGGGCUUGCAUACAAUUUUAGCAAAAGAAGCAACUACUUCUCCAGACUUGAUCCGAAUAACAGGUCGCUGGUUCUCGAGCGACUUGUAUCGAUUGCUGAGUCAUGGGGAGGUGCAGAGAAUGGAUUCGACAUUGCCUCUUGCUGUCGAAUGGAUCAUUUUGACGAUCGUCUAAUUUACUUUGGACUGGUUGAGGAAUUGGUGGACGUUCUUCAGCUACCCGAUGGCGAAGUCAUGUCCAUUAAGGCCUGUGCUCUUCGCACCAUGACGGCUAUUUUCAAUCUCCAACGUCUCAAUGUGAACCUUGUGACCAUUCUUGAAUCUACCGGGAUGGCCAACUUUCACGGCGCUUUACCUACGCGCAUUAGGCGAUGGAUCCAGGGUCUAGUGGAUGGCACCUGUGAUGCCUCCGGUGGCAGUGUCAAUCAGCAAUACACUAUUGCUUUACUCUCUUUCCUCUACCAUCUGGCAGCUUUUGAACAGAAUUUGAGUUCAGGGAAUGGCCAUAACAUGAGCGUGCGAACGAUGAAUUCCAGUGGGAUAUUGGACUCCAUGCUACAGCUUAUAGCUUGGCACGUGCCACGUAACGACUGUCUGAGUUAUGUCACCCGCGCGGUUCGUGUCACUGACCAAAUUCUCUCCAGUAUCAUCUCCAAUCGUCAGCUCGUUCUCGACCGUCUUGUCGAUAGGCUGGACUACGAGGCCGAGCUUGUCCUCCACCCUCCUCCUCGCUCCGGUCUCAUGAAGUCUAUGCUGAAUCUUUUGAAACGCCUCUGCCUCGAGGCAGACUGGUACGAGCACAUGCGCACUGCAAUGUCCGGCAAUCUGCCUCUCGUCUUGCGCAAGAUCUACAGCAACCGUGUCUUUCACGCUACUCCCCACUUGGUCCUAUUCGCCAUGGAGACCAUCACCAAUUACAUCUACACCUACCCCUCGAGUAUCUCUCAUAUGCAGGACAAGGGCGUGACCUCUGACAUACUGUCCGCCCUGACGGAGAACCCUCUGCCGCAGAGUCGCGAUUUCCUCGUUCACCUGCCCUCCAUUCUUCGCACACUGGCGCUGAACCCGCGGGGCCGCACAGCCCUCUGCUCGAGUGGAGUGCUGCAGAAGUACGUGGAGACUUUGGUGAGCCCCGAAUACCUGCCGACAAUGCGAGCAAAGCGAUUACGCGACUUCCUCUCUCAGAUCAGCUACAAUCUCUCCAUCGCUGCCUCCAAUGUGGGCCAGAACAAUCCUACUAACAACCUCACCGCAAGCCAGAUGAGUGUCUCGUUGCAUGAGCUCAUGCGAACGCAUUCCGACAUUCGUGGCAUUAUUUUCAACUCCAUUCUCAAUUGCUUCACGAAAAUCGUCGAUAUGGGCAAGACCCCAGCCUCUCUAAUUCCCGCCACCAGCAUCGACAACACUCCUCCGGGGAUGAGUGGAGGCUCCGGUGCGAACUCCAAUAUCGCAGGCUCCACUGCAGCGGUGGCAGGGACAUCCACCAGGUCCAGCUCAGACAUCCAUCCUCCCGUUAGAGUCCGUCAUCGAGCCGGAUCUCCGGAUGAUGAUGAAGACGUUGAUGUGGACGUGGACGUAGUGGUCGAAGAAGACGAUGAAGUAGAGGAAGAAGGUGCCUAUCUAGAUGCUGAGGUGGAGGAUGUCAACAUGCUUCUCUCUGGGAGUGAUGGAGCUGGUAGUGAUGUGGAUAACCCUCAUCAUGCUAUUUCUAUCAGCGUACUGGCAACUCCAACCUCUCCGGAGCACCCAUCGAUUAGCGGAGGCUCUAGCACACUCACCACUACUGCCAUUCCCACUGCCGUCGCUACAGUCCCCACGGCUGUAGCUACUCCCAUGGACGUUGAUGAGGAGGAGGGCUCGCAGAGCAUCUCCGAUUUCAUUCUCAAUGUGGUGAGUGGCUUUAAGUGGAUUCGAUGUUGA